GCGGCCCGGACUCGGACUCGGACUCGGCGGCCGGUGCGACGCGGCCCGGCCCGAGCGAGGGUGGGGGGCAAGCGGGCUGCGCCGGGCGGCGGCGAGCCGGGGCCAUGCAGGCGCGCUACUCCGUGUCCAGCCCCAACUCCCUGGGAGUGGUGCCCUACCUCGGCGGCGAGCAGAGCUACUACCGCGCGGCGGCGGCGGCGGCCGGGGGCGGCUACACCGCCAUGCCGGCCCCUAUGAGCGUGUACUCGCACCCCGCGCACGCUGAACAGUACCCGGGCAGCAUGGCGCGUGCCUACGGGCCUUACACGCCGCAGCCGCAGCCCAAGGACAUGGUGAAGCCGCCCUACAGCUACAUCGCUCUUAUCACCAUGGCCAUCCAGAAUGCCCCGGACAAGAAGAUCACCCUGAAUGGCAUCUACCAGUUUAUCAUGGACCGCUUCCCCUUCUACCGGGACAAUAAACAGGGCUGGCAGAACAGCAUCCGCCACAACCUCUCGCUCAACGAGUGCUUCGUCAAGGUGCCCCGCGACGACAAGAAGCCAGGCAAAGGCAGCUACUGGACGCUGGACCCGGACUCCUACAACAUGUUCGAGAACGGCAGCUUCCUGCGGCGGCGGCGGCGCUUCAAGAAGAAGGACGCGGUGAAGGACAAGGAGGAGAAGGGCCGGCUGCACCUCCAGGAACCGCCGCCGCCGCAGGCCGGCCGCCAGCCCGCGCCCGCGCCCCCGGAGCAGGCCGAGGGCUCCGCUCCCGGGCCGCAGCCGCCGCCCGUGCGCAUCCAGGACAUCAAGACUGAGAACGGUACGUGUCCCUCGCCGCCCCAGCCCCUGUCCCCGGCUGCCGCCCUAGGCAGCGGCAGCGCCGCCACGGUGCCCAAAAUCGAAAGCCCCGACAGCAGCAGCAGCAGCCUGUCGAGCGGGAGCAGCCCCCCGGGCAGCCUGCCGUCGGCGCGGCCGCUCAGCCUGGACACUGCGGAACCCGCGCCGCCUCCACAGCCCGCGCCGCCGCCGCAUCACAGCCAGGGCUUCAGCGUGGACAACAUCAUGACGUCGCUGCGGGGGUCGCCCCAGGGCUCGGCCGCGGAGCUAGGCUCAGGCCUCCUGGCCUCGGCGGCGGCCGCGUCCUCGCGCGCCGGCAUCGCGCCCUCGCUGGCGCUGGGUGCCUACUCGCCCGGCCAGAGCUCCCUCUACAGCUCCCCCUGCAGCCAGAGCUCCAGUGCGGGCAGCUCGGGAGGCGGCGGUGGCGGCGGCGGGGGCAGCGCGGGGGGCACGGGGGGCGCAGGCACCUACCACUGCAACCUGCAGGCCAUGAGCCUGUACGCGGCGGGCGAGCGCGGCGGCCACUUGCAGGGCCCGCCCGGAGGCGCGGGCAGCGCGGCCGUAGAUGACCCCCUGCCUGACUACUCGCUGCCCCCAGUCACCAGCAGCAGCACUUCGUCCCUGAGUCACGGAGGGGGCGGCCAGGAGGCCAGCCACCAUCCAGCGGCCCACCAAGGCCGGCUCACCUCGUGGUACCUGAACCAGGCAGGUGGAGACCUGGGCCAUUUGGCGAGCGCAGCGGCGGCCGCGGCGGCCGCGGGCUAUCCUGGGCAGCAGCAGAACUUCCACUCGGUGCGGGAGAUGUUCGAGUCGCAGCGGAUAGGCUUGAACAACUCUCCGGUGAAUGGGAAUAGUAGCUGUCAGAUGGCUUUUCCUGCCAGCCAGUCUCUGUACCGCACGUCGGGGGCUUUCGUCUAUGACUGUAGCAAAUUCUGACCCCCAUCCCCGGAACUCUCAGAGCCGAACGGAAUGGAACCCCAGAGCAGGAACAGUAAAAGAACCCAGCAAUGCAAAAUCGAAACUAAAAACAUACAAAUUUUAAAACUUGAGAAAAUUCAUCACACCAGCGAACAGAAUCUCUCCCGAAAUUCAACUCACCAGCAUCAGCUCAAAGAAAACCUAUUUUCCUAAAAGAUUAACGCAGAGCCUCAUUCACUUUGCCUUAUCUAAGUAAGCAAAACGGUAAACUAUUUUGUACAGACAGCAAAACCAUGGUUUAUUAAAGGUCAGUUUACUGCAGAUACCACGUAAGUUUCCUCUUGCGGUCAGAGACUUCCCUGCUCCUUCGUCUUGUCCCUCUGCCUCGCCUCUCACCUGUAAGAUAAUAUUUUAUCCUAUGUCGAAAGAAGGGGAAAGUCCCUGUUUAUGAAAAUCGCUUUCUUUUUAUUCAUGGACUUGUUUUUAAAUGUAAAUUGCAAUAUAGUAAUUUAUUUUUAAUUUGUAGUUGGAUGUUACGGACCAAACACCAAGAAAGUGUUCCAAAAGCUUUUAAAGUUAAAUUGCCUGAAACUUUAAAAUGUGCCUUUUCUCUCGUUAUAAAAAGGGAAACUGUAUUAAUCUCAUUCUUUCAUCCUUUUCUUUUUGUUGAUCAUAUCCAUUGUUUGUUUAUAAAUAAAUUGCCAUUCAGUUUGAAUAAGA